GCCUGAUAUUGAAAUUUCCUUUAAGAUUUUCAGGUAGCUUCAGAAGUCAAGACCAACGUAGAUAUUAAUUUGUUCAGAAUGAUUUUACUUCCUGAAGCUUUAUUACCUAUUGAAAUAUUGUUGCAAAUGAUAAUAAAAAAGUCUCUCGCGUCCUCCUAUUGCAUAACGAUGGUUUCAGAAGUGUUAUUGAAAGUUCAUGUGCCUAAUAGUUUGAUGUACAUUGAUGGAAAUAAUACUGAAAGCCUUGUUGAGCUUAUGCUGAACGCAUCGGAGGCAGGUUGUUCCGAUUACAUCAUACAAAUAAAAGAACCAAAAGAUUUUAUUGUUGCUUUUGAUAAGGUUGUGCAUAUGGGAAACAUUAGAAGGAGCGAUAGAAGAGUAAUUAUACUACCACCGAAAUACAUUAGUGAUGAAAACGUGUUCUCCCAUGAUUUGCUUGAAAUUUUGUCUCUACGAGAAACAUCUUAUAUUACAAAUGUGCUGCUGGUAGUACCUACGAAAAAAACACUUAAAUGUGAAUCUUAUGAAUUAAUCACACACAAAUUUGUUGGGAUCGAUAACAAUAAGGAACCUAUGCUUUUAGACAGAUGGGAUUCAUGCACAAACUCAUUCGAAAACAACGUUAAUUUAUUUCCUCAUGAUUUGUCUAAUUUACAAGGCAAAACAGUUAAAGUGGCUGGGUUUACCUACAAACCGUAUGUUCUCCUAGAUCUUGACACAAAACUUAUGCCGCUUGGUCGUGAUGGAAUGGAAAUGAGAAUCGUUGAUGAAUUUUGCAGAUGGAUUAACUGUACCGUUGAAAUGGUGAGAGAUGAUGAACACGAAUGGGGCGAAAUUUAUGAUAACUCAACAGGUGUCGGUGUUAUAGGGAAUGUUUUCGAAGACAGAGCCGAUCUUGGUAUAACUGCACUUUAUUCGUGGUUCGAAGAAUAUGUUGUUAUGGAUUUUUCAGCCCCAAUAAUAAGAACUGCUAUAACAUGCAUAGCACCAUCACCGAGUUUGUUGGCCAGCUGGGAAAUGCCAUUACUGCCUUUUAGCGUGUAUAUGUGGGCUGGAAUAAUAUUUACAUUCUUGUAUGCUUCUGUGGCUCUUACGAUAGCUAAAGGAUUCUCAACAGAUGAAGUUUUCCUCACAACAUUUGGAAUUAUGUUAACUCAGUCGCGGCCUGACGCCAGUUUUAGAUCCUGGCGCAUUCGUAGUGUUAUCGGAUGGAUGAUGAUGACUGGCUUGGUCAUUGAUAACGCCUACGGAGGUGGGCUAGCUUCGACCUUCACAGUGCCGAAGUAUGAAAAAUCUAUCGACACGAUAGAGGAUAUCGUCAACAGACAGUUGGAGUGGGGAGCCACUCACGAUGCUUGGAUAUUCUCGUUGAUGCUUUCGCAGGAGCCUUUGAUCAAGCAAUUACUCAGUUUAUUUCGCACGUAUCCAUCAGAGGAGUUAAUGCAGAAAAGUUUUCGAAAAAGUAUGGCUUUUAGCAUCGAGAAAUUACCCGCAGGGUACUUUGCAAUUGGAGAAUAUAUUACGAAGGAAGCCUCUUUGGACUACACAAUAAUGAUAGAUAAAUUUUAUUAUGAACAAUGUAUCGUUAUGUUGCGCAAAAGUUCACCUUACACUGACAAAUUGAAUGUACUCAUUGGGCGCUUGCAUGAAUCUGGACUAAUGCUUGCAUGGGAGACUCAGGUUGCUUUACGUUACUUGGACUACAAAGUACAGUUGGAAGUAAAACUAUCACGUUCAAAGAGAGAUGUCGAAAAUAUUGAAGCGUUAGGUUUAAGACAUGUAAUGGGAAUAUUCUUCAUAUAUGGAGCAGGUGCCGUAAUUUCGUGUCUAGUUUUUAUUAUGGAAAUUUUGAUCCACAGGAAAAGUAGAAAAAUAUCUAUAAAUUAGUCAUCAAAACCAACCUUGACAUACCUACCUACAUACAUUUUCAUUACUUAUUAGUUUAUAGUGGUUCAUAAUUGUUAA